GCCCCGUGCGCGCCGGGCGGGGCGGCAGGGGCGGGCGCCUCCGGCUCCGCACCCCGGGCCGGGGCUGGCCUCCGGGGCCGGCGAGUGCCGCAGCCCCCGUGGGAGGGGUCCGCCGCUGUCACUGGGACCCCGAUUAGAGGGGGGAAACCGUUAGAGCAACCUUUGCCUUUACUUCUUGAAAGAUCCGUUGCAGGCAGCCAGCUGCAGCCGCGGGAUCGCACCGGAUGAGACAAGUGGGCGCCCGAGGCUGCAAAAUCAGAAGGGUUGCCUGGCCCCGGCGGGGACUUUUCUCCCCCGUUUCCCUUUGGAUAAGGGGCAGAUAGUGUGUUUUGUAUCAGAAUGCGCUUUAAGGUUGUCGAUGUGCAGAUUGAAUUCAUAGAGCUGCGUUGGGGUUUUUCUGACCCUCUGUUUUUUUUUCUCUCUCCCGUUUCUGUAGGUUUCCCUCCUCCCUGUGUGUUGGACUUGGCCAGAUGGUGGCCACAGUGGCAGUCCUCUGGGUGGGAAAGGCGCUCAGAGUGGUCAAGUUUCCUGACCUUGAUAGAAAUGUACCUCGAAAGCUUGCCAAUGUUUACAGUUCUGAGAAGGUUCUCCAUCCUGUUUACAAUGUUUGCUGAAGGAGUUUUACUCAAGAAGACUUUUUCUUGGGGUAUCAAGAUGACUGUAUUUGCGAUGAUUAUUGGAGCUUUCGUAGCUGCCAGCUCUGACUUGGCAUUUGAUCUGGAAGGAUAUGUUUUUAUUCUGAUAAACGAUGUCCUGACAGCAGCAAAUGGUGCAUACGUAAAGCAAAAAUUAGAUUCAAAAGAGCUGGGAAAGUACGGUCUGCUCUAUUACAAUGCUCUGUUCAUGAUUCUGCCCACCCUGGCCAUCGCGUAUUUUACAGGAGAUGCGCAAAAGGCAAUGGAUUUUGAAGGCUGGGCCGACACCCUCUUUCUCCUGCAGUUUACACUCUCCUGUGUGAUGGGGUUUAUCCUGAUGUAUGCCACAGUGCUCUGCACUCAGUAUAAUUCUGCUCUUACGACCACCAUAGUUGGCUGUAUUAAGAAUAUAUUGAUAACUUACAUUGGAAUGGUCUUUGGUGGAGAUUAUAUUUUCACAUGGACAAACUUCAUUGGCUUAAAUAUCAGCAUUGCUGGGAGCCUGGUGUAUUCCUACAUCACUUUCUCCGAGGAGCAGCUGAGCAAACAGUCAGAGGCCGGCAGCAAGCUGGACGUCAAGGGGAAGGGAGCCGUGUGACCCAGGACUGCUUCAGCCGCGCAGGCCAAGCCUCUGAUCAGCUCGGAACACUGGCACUUCUGAGGUGUCUGGAUUGUGGAGAAAACACCAUUCCUUUGCACUUGUACAAUCUGAGGAUUGAUUGCUGCCUUUUAAAAUUUUAUGAGAAACUUAUAAUUGACUCUAUUUUAAAUAUGCUGUUUGAAUUAAUUUAUAUCAGACUGGAAAAUGUACUGGGCUUUUUAAUUUAUUUUUCUUCUGUGCCGACAGUGAGACAUCAGUGUUUUGAAAAUGUUUUAUUCCAUGGUUUGUCAUUCCGGCAUCCAGGGAGCUGCGCGGAUAAAGUGCUCCGGCCAGAGCCGUCUCGUUCACGUCGCCGCGGCAUCUGGGGCCAGUUUAGGCUGAUUUCUGCUGGAAAUGCAGCCAAGUAUCUGAAAUUUCUCUCCUUUAAAUUUUUCUUAACGAUUGCAUUUUCUUCAUGAGCAUACCAUAUGCAUUCGCCACAGAUGACCACCUUGGCACUAAAAAACAUGUGGGGCUUUGAAGUGUCUUGGUUUCCGUGUUGGCUUCCCCGAGAACUCGCAGGAUGAGCAGAGUGCAUUCCUUGAAAAGGUGCCGUGCCCUCUCUGUUCUAUGGGAUGGGGAUGAUGAAGGCAUGCAGGAGGGAGGCCUUUUCUCCCUCAUUCCUCCAGCUGGUCCAUCUGCUCAGCCAGUGUCCUGAGUGUGUCAUGUGCGGGCGUGGUGCUGCGUGCAGACAUUCUCAUCUAUUCAUUCAGCCAGAGUGUCCUGAGUGUGUACUGUGCGGGCGUGGUGCUGGACGCUGGGUGCAGACGUCCUCGGGGGAGUUGCGGAUCUCACUCCCGCUGUGGUGAGAGGGUGACAGAGAACAUAGUUGUCUUGGUCCGUUCAGAGGGUGAUGUGACUGAACAAGUCACAGAGGCUCGCCAGCUCUCGGGACCUGGGAUCUGUGGAGGGGUUAGAAGCCGCUGCCCCCCGCCCCUGGGUGCGGGAAGCUCCUGCUGCGGCGGCCUGGCAGCUGCUGUGCGGAGCUGCAUUCUGGCCGUGCAGCCCAGCCCCUGCGCCCUGAGCGAGCGUGUGCCCGGGGCCCUCCGCCUCCCCAGGCUUCCCUCCUCUGGCUGUGGUUCCUGCUCUUCCUCCUCUCUGGAUCAGUAGGACUGGGGCUUAGUUUCUGAAGGCAUUGGUGUGAGGGAAAGGCCGGUGGGUGUGUGGGUGUUGUCAGGGCGUGGUCCUCAGCAGUGGCAGUGUCGGAGCCGUCACCUUCCUUUCUCCUCACGUGGCAUGAGCACCCCUCUCCCACCUACGUCCCAUGUCUCUUGGCUCACUUAAGUAGACGUGCCAGCUUCUCCCAGACCCGUGCUGCAUCCGAGGAGCGCAGCGUGAAUGGGCAGUGCCUGCAUGGCCUCUCUGGGUGGAGUGGGGAGUUAGUCGCAGUCCUGAGACUUGGCUCAGAGACAUCUGGUGAUGGGGACGAGUGUUCGCUCCGGCGAGGAGCGCAGUCAGUGUCCCAGAGGCUGGUACGUUUGCACCGUUGCCCACACUAGCUUCUGUUUCGUUGGAUUUGGAAUCCACUGGGCUCUGUUGACCUAAACAAUUAGUAUUUUGGUGCCUCAGCAGGAGACCUGGAAGGUGUUUUCUUUUUCUUUGUGAAGAAGAAUUAUAUUGAGGUCAUUUUCAUGUUCAUGUUUUUCUCUUAUUUUGAAGCCUGGCCAGUGGUGCUGGGUCCCUAAAAUUAGCCUCAUGGCUGACUCCAAGUUACAAGCUCCGUGUAAGAGGUCCCCAGGCUCGCUUUGUCCAGUAUCAUCUGAUCUGAGAAAAAUCACACUUGUAGAAGAGGCUGUUUUGUGUAGGAUGCUUCUUCCUGUGCCUGUUUCACCAGUGAGGAAAGCUCAGAGGAGGCAGUGACGCUGCUGCUUCCGCAGAGCCAGGCUUCAUCGACAGUUGCCUUCCCCGAGCCACGGGGAAGCGCGGGGGCCGGCUGAGUUGGUCCCUGGAGGUCCCGGGGCUUUUUGGACCUUCUGGGCCGGCCUCAGUUGAGAGGGGCGUCCGGCUCUGAACACCGGCCUCGGCCUGCCUUUGCCCGGGUCCGGCGGAAGGGCGCCGAGAGAGCCGUCUGAGCGCUUCUGUUCUUCCUCUGUCAGCCACACGAAGCAGGGGCUCCGGCGGCAGAAGUAGUUGUGUUGUGGGGUCUCUCACUGUGAGAGGCCUUUGGGUGUGUUGAGAGGCCGGGACCCCGCGGGGGGUUGGACUGCUGCUUGGGGUCAGGUUCCCUUGAAGACCUGUCGUCUCCCCAGGUUCGGUUGAGAAAGGCUUGUCUAGGCAGCGCUUCACUAAAUACGCAUGAGCUCAGGGCCCUGAGCUCCGCUGAGCUUUCUCACUGACCAGCAGCGGUGAGCAGCUCGCAGCUUCUGCCCCAUCCGCGUGCUGAGUGCCGGAUGCCCCUUCCACGGCCCCUGACGUUUCAGGAUACGCGAAAGCAGCCGGGGAGGUUGUAGGUGGAAUAGACCAGCCACCCACUUUUGGCGUCUGUUUUCAGUUAUGUUCAGGCUUGGUUAUAGUGCACUAGAGGUUUAUGUGGUACGCCAGCAUCGCCCAGAAUGUCUGGAUUUUGGCCCAAGUUACUAUCUUAGAGGAUAAAAACUCUUUGAGCUAUUAACUGCCUCCUGGGAGAAAAAGAGGCAGUAUACGGUUAAAUCCUUAAUUUUCCCUGAGACAGAUGAGCUGUGGUGGGAAUUCUGAAAGCCAAAUGUUAUGACUGGUGGCGCCUCUUCUUGAGUUGGCGCCUCUUCUUGCGUUGGCAGACUUUGGCCAGUCUGCUUUUGGUCAGUGCCGCGUUGAUUUGAAUAACGCUGGUUGCCCAGAGUCCGCUUUGCCACCGUGUCAGGUGCUUGUCACUUCCCUCAUAUGGCUGUUGACUUUGUGAGUCUAUCAUUUGUAGGAUCCAACUCACAUGUGGGUUAAAACAAAAAAGUACAUUUGCAAGUUUUCUGUAGCCGCGUUGUAUCAGGCAUCCGUGGAAAGUCUGGGUCAGUGAAGCUGGGGUGCUCCUCCCGGGAAGAGUCGAGUUGCUGCCCUCACCACGUCUGCCCGCCUAGGCAGGACCUAGGAUUUGGGCCCUGCCUUUGCUGUCGUUGUGGUGGCCCCACUCAGUGAGCGGAGAUUACUGAGCGUCUGUUUCAUGCUGGGCGUUGUGCGAAGCUCUGGGGACACUGGGCUGACCGGGCCGUGGUGUAGUUCUUUAGCCGGGGCCUGACUGAGGGAAAGCAGCAGGCAGAGGAGCCAGUAGUCUGCGGAUGAGAGCUGCCUGCAGUUGCAGGAUCACAGAGGGGGCGCCUACCUGCAGGCUGAGGCCCGCUGGGCUCCAAGAGCACGCUGGGCUUUCAGCUCCGCGCCAAGUGCCCGGCUGCCAGGGUCUGUGGAUAGCCUGGGUCCCUCCCUCUCCUGCACGCAUGCCCGCUUCCCCAGGACUGUGUAACGUGGGUUCCUCCCAGGAACAAGGCUGUAACUCGCUUUUCCCUCAGAGGGAACAAUCCUAAUAUUCAGAAUAAAUGAGAUAAUGGUUGUGACACUAUUCAGCACAAUGCCUGAGACACAUUAGGCACUCAGCAAAUGUUGUUACUGUCAUCAUUUCACCGCAAGACUGUAGGCAAAACAAGAUUCUUAAUCUGUGCUCCCCAUGUGCCAGAGGUCUGGGUGAUGUGUGUAUUUCUUGAAAAAUGUGACCCUGUAUCUCGUUGCCUCUGGAACGUCCAAGUUUCUGUUCAUGGUCUUCCUUUCUAGAGAACCUACUGGAUGUUACUGUGGCCACUGUGUGAUUCAGCUGAUUCCACCUGUUUUUAAAAAAGAACAGAAUUACUCAUAUUUUGGUGGUAAAUUUCAGAAAAGGAAGAGUUACUUCCUCUCUUAAAGGAGAAUAAUCACACUUCAAGGAUAGUGAUUCAGUUCGAACCUUCCCCGUUUGUCCCCUUAGGGUGGCCCUGCGCAGCCGGCCAUUCCUCCGUCCCUCCUCGGAGCCGAGCACGCUGACCGCGCAGCCUCUGGUCCGGGCUGCCCUCCAGUGCUGGGGAACUUCCGGCACAUCGCUGUUUUCACUCCAUCCUCUGGUUCUUACUGACAGGAUGCCGCUCCAUCCUGGUAUGGUGGGUUUUUUUGAGCUUUCUUUUUUGAAAAUACUUUUUAAAAAGGAAUCUACUGGUUAGAUUUAUUGUCUCUCAAAAAUGUUUUUAGAGAUUAUUUUGUUCAUAAAUGUUUCUUUCUCAUGCUGAUGAUCAACUGAUUUUUGUCUACAAAUGUUGGCCUAUUAUACUAUUUUUUCAGUAUACAUUCUAUUUACCAAAUGAUCAUUUUAGUGUUUUUAAAAGGUAUUGAGAGGAUCGAGAUAUGUAAAUCAGGUGACAUAAACAUGAAAAUUAUGUGCCUAAAUAUUUUUGUAAAGGUGUGAAAUAAAUACUUUUUCCUGAA